AUGGCCCUCUUCACCAGAGCCGGCAGCCAUCCUAACGCAACAGACCCCAUUCCCUGUGAGGCAAACAGCACCACAGAGCCUGAGCUGCCCCAUUCACACGCCUACUAUGCCCUCUGCUACUGCAUCUUGAUUCUGGCCAUCAUCUUUGGGAACGUGCUGGUCUGCCUGGCUGUGCUGAGGGAACGCACCUUGCAAACCACAACCAACUACCUUGUGGUGAGCCUGGCAGUGGCAGAUUUGCUGGUGGCUACUUUGGUGAUGCCAUGGAUGGUGUACUUGGAGGUGACCGGAGGGGUCUGGACGUUCAGCCGUAUUUGUUGUGAUAUCUUCGUCACCAUGGAUGUAAUGAUGUGCACAGCCAGCAUUCUGAACCUCUGUGCCAUCAGCAUUGACAGAUACACCGCAGUGGUGAAACCAGUUCAGUACCAGUACAGCACUGGGCAGAGCUCCUGCAGGAGAGUCUCUCUCAUGAUUGUGAUAGUUUGGAUGCUGGCAUUUGCAGUGUCAUGCCCUCUCCUCUUUGGCUUCAAUACUACAGGGGAUCCCAGUGUCUGUUCCAUAUCCAACCCUAGUUUCGUCAUCUACUCCUCUUUGGUGUCCUUCUACCUCCCCUUCAUGGUGACCCUGCUGCUCUAUGUCCGGAUUUACCUCGUGCUCAGACAGAGGCAAAAGAAGCGAACCCUCACCCGGCAGGGCAGCCAGAGCGCCAGCACCAAACCGUGUUAUGCACACCAAGAACACAUGGAGAGGAAAGCUUUGCCAAACAGAUGCCAAGGCACCUUUUCCCCCUGUCUCUCGCUCAAAUGCACAGGCCAGGAGAUGUCUACAAAAAGGAGGUUGCUCACUGUCUUCAGCCUGCAGCGGUACCGAAGCUUCUGCCAUGAGGCAUCCCUCACCAAGGCACCAGGGACUACCCAAACCAGCAGGUGGGAAGAGAGGAGGAGGAGCAUGAAGGCAGCAGUGGAGGUACGGAGGCUCAGCAAUGGUGGUACACUCAGCAGCUUGAGGCUGUCCCAGCAGCAGCCCCGACUGAUCCAGCUGCGGGAGAGGAAGGCUACGCAGAUGCUGGCAAUUGUCCUGGGGGCAUUCAUAGUCUGCUGGCUGCCCUUCUUCUUGAUUCACAUCCUCAAUGCCCACUGCCCAUCCUGCCACGUGCCUCCAGGGCUCUACAGUGCCAGCACCUGGCUCGGGUAUGUCAACAGUGCCCUCAACCCCAUCAUCUACACAACUUUCAACACUGACUUCCGCAAAGCCUUCCUCAAGAUCCUCUGCUGCUGACUGUGGGGCCACACCGGGCUGCACGGGUCUGCAGCAGCCCCCUGGGGGGAGAAGAAGACAGGGACAAGCCAGCGAGUCCCUCAGUGCUGGACACAGCCCUGGGUGUGCAGCACAUC